AUGGUUGAACAAUCUGUCAGGAAAGGCAUGCCCAUCAUUGCCGCGAGCAUGAACUAUCGCCUCCACUCUUGGGGAUUUCUUCACAGCGCCGAGCUUGCUGCCGAAGGAUCAACAAACCUUGGUUACCGAGAUCAACGACUGGCCCUACACUGGCUCAAGGAAAACAUUGCUGCUUUCGGUGGAAAUCCAGAACGGGUCACCAUCUUGGGCGAGAGUUCAGGAGCUUUCUCUGUUGGGUCCCAGCUCAUCGCAUACGGGGGCCGAGAUGACGAGCUCUUCAGUGCGGCCAUCCUCCAGAGUGGAUCACCUUUAACCUUUGGGCUCAAACCUCAGACCUCAAAGACUUGGGAGCCAUAUUGGGCUAAGCUCCUGCAUGCUACAAAUUGCUCUGGAGCAGAGUCACUUGCAUGCUUGAGAAAAAUUCCCACAAAAGAACCCAGCGCGGUCUUUAACAGCUCGUUUGCUUCGCCGCCAAGUUGGGGCCAGGUGGUUGAUGGUGACUUCAUCACGGCAAGCGGAAGCACACUACUGAAGCAGGGCAAAUUUGUCAAGGUGCCUAUUCUUAUUUGGACUAACUUUGACGAGGGCACGGAGUUUGCUGCUCAAGGUAUCAACACAAUGGCUCAGUUCGCCCAAUACGUCAGAUCCGUUGGUGUUUCCAAACAGGCAGUUCGCACCAUCGAGAGGUUGUACUCUGAUGACCCUACAGUCGGCAUACCAGCUACACUCAAGAGCAGACCUGAAAGAGCCCUUGCGCAUCUCGGAAAGCAAUACAAACGUGUUGCUGCCUUCAGUGGUGAUGCAUAUCAGCACGCCGGUCGAAGAUUUACGACAAUGUCGUGGUCUAGACGGCAUGUACCUGUGUGGAGCUACCACUGGAAUGUUCUCGUGGAGAAUGUUUCACCAGCCAGGGGCGCAGGCCACUUCCAAGAGGUUGUAUUUGUUUUUGAUAAUAUCAACGGCCGAGGCUAUGAAACCGUCAUCUCCAAAAACCCAAUGGCUGGAAAACCCGCCAAGCUGGUCCAGCUGGCGGAUGUCAUGUCGACAGCUUGGAUUAGCUUUAUUGUUAAUCGAAAUCCCGUUAGCCAAGGUAACAGUGGCCUAUUCGCGUGUAUUUGCUGA